GAGAGAGAGUCCUUCUAAAAUUUGAAACGAGUGGCCGUUUGAACUCCAACUUUGUAAGAAAGAGAGAAAGAGCGAGCUUAGAGCUUCAAACUUCAGAAAUAACAAACUCCUUCUUCUCUUCUCUUCUUUUUCUUUCUUUUUCAUAUUUCUCUAUAGCUGAAAUGACAGGUCUUGUAAUGGUGACAAAAGGAGGUGGAUGUGGCGGUGGUGUUGGUGGUAAGGGAACGAAAGGGACGAAAAGGAGUGAAUUACAAGAUCAUCAAGAGCAAGUGCAGAACCAGCAGCUGUCUAUGAUGGCAUUUGUAUUGACAGCUAUAAGGAAAUCUCUUGUGGCUUGCCGCAUUGAAGAUGGAGGAGAUGAUGUCAUCCCAACAAGCAGCACCCUCCAUCACAUGGACAUUGGCUGGCCCACUAACGUUCAACAUAUAACUCAUGUCACUUUUGAUCGCUUCAAUGGCUUUCUGGGUCUUCCUGUUGAGUUUGAGGUUGAGAUCCCUUGUCGAGUCCCAAGUGCUAGUGCCAGUGUGUUUGGUGUCUCAGCAGAAUCAAUGCAAUGUUCUUAUGAUUCGAAAGGAAAUAGUGUUCCCACAAUUCUCUUGCUGAUGCAGGAUAGAUUAUAUUCGCAAGGCGGUCUAAAGGCAGAAGGGAUUUUCCGCAUAAACCCAGAAAAUAGCCAGGAGGAGCAUGUGAGGGACCAGCUGAACAGGGGCAUUGUGCCUGAUGAUAUUGAUGUCCAUUGUUUAGCAGGCCUUAUAAAAGCCUGGUUUAGAGAGCUUCCUUCUGGGGUGCUGGAUGGGCUUUCUCCUGAACAAGUUCUGCAAUGUAACACCGAGGAAGAAUCUGUUGAGCUUGUUAAGCAAUUAAAGCCAACUGAGGCUGCAUUGCUCUCUUGGGCUGUUGGUCUUAUGGCUGAUGUUGUCGAGGAAGAAGAUUCCAAUAAAAUGAAUGCUAGAAAUAUUGCAAUGGUCUUUUCUCCAAACAUGACUCAGAUGUCUGAUCCACUGACAGCAUUGAUGCAUGCUGUACAAGUGAUGAACUUGCUCAAAACCCUAAUCACGAAAACGCUGCGAGACCGUGAAGAGACUUCAGCUGGAGGAUAUUCACCCAUGUCGUCUCAUUCAUCUGGUCACCAAACUGAAACUGAUGAGGAAUUUGACAGUCAGCACGACAUGGAGACCAGCUGUGAGCUGAGACAGGCACCAUCGGACUAUGAUGAUCAUGCCCAUUUCAGCACUGGCAGUGAUGAAGAAGCUGACGACGAUGACAUUGAGUCAUUAAGCGAGGUAGAAGAAAGCUUCUCGAGGCAGUCGGACGAGGAUAAAAAUUCCACUGAUAUGUUUGUGGAGCAACCAGCAAGUUUUUCUGGGUCUAAAAUGGAGUCUGGACUAUCAUUCACUGAUAGCAAAAAUGAAAAUUCCAGUUCUGCCUCGAGUGAUGGAGAAGAUUCAAGGGCAAGUGUGAUAACUGUAGGACAAAAGAUUGACAUCAGAAGCCAAUCCAAAGGAUGGAAAGACACUGAAGAUGAUGAGCAGACGAUUGACAAAUUAGCAGAGGUCAUUUUGACUAAGAAGUCAUCUGGGUCUAGUGAAUCUGUUUGACUGAAGUUUCCCUCAACAUGCUUAGGAAAAUGCUUUGUUUGCAGAUUUUGGUUUGCUCUCUCCGACCAUGGUUGCUUCUGUAAAUUAAUACUGAAUUAAUUCUGUGUGCUUUGCUUGAGCUAGGCUAGGAAGUGUCCAGUUGUGGUGGAUUGUUAAGAGUCAUGAUUCAGCUUUGGGCUGAAUUGUGCUCAUUCUGUCAGUUUCAGCACAGAGCUGAAAACUUUCAAUUUAUGUUUCAUCGGAGUGCAUUUCUAAACUCGGCAAUUUUAGGCUCCUCUGUAACACGUUCUCCAUGUCUAAUUCCGUGUUCUCGGUCCAACAGACAAAAAUCUGAUCCUGAGUGCACUGUUACUUGGUUCA